GAAAUGACGUCAGUGUGUUUAUAUAAUACAAUCGCAGAUUCACAUCGCAGUGUUGUUUGGAACAUUCUGACCAGCGUCGACGUUUCUAUACACCAACAAAGACCAUGAUUUGGAAAACAUUAUUGAUCGUUGCGGUUUUUGCCGUAGCCACUGAUGUUGCCGUGAUGGCGUUGAAGAUGGUGGGGGGCUAUUCCGAUGCGACGGUUACAGAUACAGGGGUUCAAGACGCCCUGCGGUACGCUGUGGUGAGGCACAACGCGGGGACCAACGACAUGUACCUCCGCCAAGUCGGCCGAGUGAUCUCGGUCCAGAAACAGGUGGUGAGUGGCGUGAACUACAAGUUUGUCGUGGAAAUGGGCCAGACUGCUUGCAGAAAGACCGGUGUUGAAUCAAACUGCCCGGUUCGCGGGGACCAAGCGGCUGCUAAGCCAUACCAGUGCACAUUUGUGGUGUACAAACAUUGGAGCGGCACCGUCAGUCUGACCUCCCAAACCUGCCCCACCGUCUAAUGGCCCUCACGGACCUUCUUGGUUUUGCUUGCAGUAGCCUAUAUGUUCACAAUUUGCAACUGACAAUUAUUUGCAAUAAUAGGCUUCCAUGACAUCCUCUUUGUGUCUAAAUGGUUCUUAAACUCUAUUGAAUUGUUAACCUCUCAAUUAUGCAAUACAAUUUGAUUGUAAUCUUAUGCCCCGUACACAAUAAAAUGAUUUUAGCAGA